UCAGAGCACUCCUUUCUCAUACCCCUCCCCUGCUUCAGACAGAUUUAUAGUCACACUCUGCUCCACUCUAAUGUUGCUUCAGCAUCUCAAAGUCUGAGCAGUCAGGGGUCCACACAGCUGCAGGAUUAUGGCACCAGGACAGAAGGGAAUCUUGGAGCGUCUCGACGCCGGGGAGAUUGUGAUUGGCGAUGGAGGUUUUGUGUUUGCCCUGGAGAAGAGAGGCUACGUGAAGGCCGGUCCUUGGACCCCCGAAGCUGCUGCAGAGUACCCCGAAGCAGUGCGACAGCUGCACAGGGAGUUCCUGAGGGCUGGGGCCAACGUUAUGCAGACCUUCACCUUCUAUGCCAGUGAUGACAAACUGGAGAACAGAGGCAACAAGGUCACCUUCACUGGGGCUCAGAUCAACGAGGCCGCCUGCGAUUUGGCCCGUGAGGUUGCCAAUGAGGGUGAUGCUCUGGUUGCUGGUGGAGUGAGUCAGACUCCAUCCUACCUGAGCUGCAAGAGUGAGACCGAGGUUAAGGCCAUCUUCAAGAAACAGCUGGAUGUGUUCAUGAAGAAGAAUGUGGAUUUCCUGAUUGCUGAGUACUUUGAGCAUGUUGAAGAGGCUGUGUGGGCUGUGGAGAUGCUGAAGGAAACAGGGAAGCCUGUGGCUGCUUCCCUGUGUAUUGGACCAGAGGGAGACAUGCAUGGAGUCCCACCUGGAGAGUGUGCUGUCAGGCUGGUCAAAGCUGGUGCCCAGAUCGUUGGAGUCAACUGCCAUUUUGACCCCAUGACCUGCGUGAAAGCUGUCAAGAUGAUGAAGGAGGGAGUGGAGAAGGCCGGGCUGAAGGCUCACUACAUGGUGCAGCCCCUGGCAUACCACACUCCCGACUGCAGUUGUCAGGGAUUCAUCGACCUGCCAGAAUUCCCCUUCGGCCUGGAGCCCAGGAUCCUGAGCCGCUGGGACAUGCACAAAUACGCCCGAGAGGCCUACAACGCUGGCAUUCGCUUCAUUGGCGGCUGCUGUGGAUUCGAGCCUUAUCACAUCAGAGCUGUGGCAGAGGAGCUGGCCCCCGAGAGAGGCUUCCUCCCAGCUGCAUCAGAGAAACACGGCAACUGGGGUGCUGGUCUGGAGAUGCACACCAAGCCCUGGGUCAGAGCCAGAGCUCGUCGUGACUACUGGGAGAACCUGAGGCCAGCCUCUGGUCGUCCCCUGUGUCCCUCCUUGUCUGUCCCCGAUGGAUGGGGAGUUACCAAGGGCCACACUGAGCUCAUGCAACAGAAAGAGGCCACAACUCAGGACCAACUCAAGCAACUGUUCGACAGGUCAAAGAAACACUGAGUCAAUCCAUCUCCCUCAUAGCUGAGUCAAACAGCUGUGCUCUGUGACGAGACGCAAUGGUGUGCACCAUCUGUACACAGUGCUUCAACCAAACAAACAUAAUGUCAUGGGCCUAAUCUUCAUUUGAGACUGACGCUGUUCUGUGCAUCUGCUGACUGUAAAACUGUAGUUUAUGUGAGGCUCCGGAGGGGUCUGAGGUUAGGAGUCAGCCCAUGUUGAGAAUGGGACCUUUUGUUUUCCAUGGACCAGUUUGUUUAAAAAAUAAGAUCUAAUAAAAUGUGAAUUGGCCACUUGA